GCGCGCCUGCUCAGGGAGCUCGGGUUGUAGGUGGUGCGCCGGCCGCUCCGGUACCCCUGAGACUCUGUAGGGCCUUCGGGCCGGUAGGCGAGGAAUGGAGCCGGCAGGCGGCGGUGGCGGCGUCUCCUCCUCCACAGAUCCGCGAAGCACCUACGUGCUGAGUAACCUUGCGGAGGUGGUGGAGCGUGUGUUUACCUUCCUGCCGGCCAAAGCGCUGCUUCGGGUAGCCGGAGUAUGCCGCCUGUGGAGGGAGUGUGUACGCAGAGUGCUGCGGACCCAUCGCAGCGUGACCUGGAUCUCCGCGGGUGUGGCUGAAGCGGGCCACCUGGAGGGACAUUGCUUGGUGCGCGUGGUAGCUGAGGCGCUUGAGGCAAGUAUGGAGUUAUGCGUUGGACAGUCACUUGCAGGACUGGUGGGCCAUCUUGGAGAACUUUUUAAAAAAUCAAGAUUGUGAUACAUAUCCUUGCUUUCGUUAACUCGGAGAACCUAUGCUCGUAUUCUGGCUUUUGUAGUAAACGUCAGGUUUUGUAGGGGCGUACUGCGGUUUAGUCAUUAUUAGAUGUUGGGCAAUUGAAGUAUCCAGGUGUCCACUAUUACAAGGCCGUACAGAGCCUUCCUUAACUUGCCUCAAUUUUGCAAUGAAGGUGUUGGGUAUCGCUUGCCCAGGGUCUCACACUAGAACCGGAAGAACUAAAACUUCUACCUAAAUACGUAAACCACAUUCCUUUUCUCAUUUUUGUCCCUGGAUCCAGGAGAGUCAGUGUUCAGGGAGGUGAAGACAGAUUAUAGAGCUGAUAGAUAGUGAAUCUCCAGUAUCUCACUGAGUGGCAGGGGCCCUCGUGAGGAAAUUGCCAAUUUGAUGCCCUAUUAUCGCUUAGUAUGUAUAAUAGGCAAAUAGGAAUGUUCUACUUAACCACAAUAUAGUCUCCACAUUGGGAAGUUAUCAUUGAUGUAUGUGUCGAUUCUUUUGGUGUUGAGUUUGGUUUUCAACUUGAUCCAGAAAGAGGGAACUCAAGUUAAGUGCCUGCCAAAGAUUGACCCGUGGACAAAUCUGUAGGCCACUCUCUUGAUUAAUGUUUGGUGUGGGAGCCAAAGUGCCCCAGUGCUUUUCUUAAGAGCAGAAGGAUUUGAUUCUGUUCCCAAUGAGUAACUGAAAGGCGCGCUCCUUUGGUUUGUAUGUUUCUCCAACCUGACUUUCUGUACCAGCCCCAACACUUAAGAAAAUUCAAGGCACAAGUUGAGUGUGACUGGGAUUUAUUAGAUUUUUUUAUCCCAUUACCUUAAAUUCCUUGAUUUAAGAGGUGUCUGCCAGAAACUUCUGCCUUUAAAUUUUCUGUCCUGUUGCAGUUAAUAAGUAUUUGUCUGUAGAGAAGCUUUGAAACUUACUUUUCAUUCUCUUCCACUUUGUUCACACAGCACUCAUACAUACGCUUGGUCUCUUGUGUAGAGCUGUACCUGUUACUGUUAGACUCUCCUUGGUACUCACACAGUCUUUGUGUGGCUAGUGAGCACUCAAGCCAGUUUUAUUGUCUCUUAGGGAUGACCUUUCUUUUGGCACCAGUUGUCUUCAGCUUGUAUUUCACCUGCUUCAUUCAAGAACUUAGUAGUUUCACUAAUAGUCUUGGUUUCUUUUAGUGGAGAAUGGUAUUUAAUUUAGACUCUAAGGUCAGUACUGUGUAAGUCUACUCACUGUUUUAAGGGUUUGCUUCCUCUAGCCUAGACAGGAAUAUGUGUGUAUGUAUAUGCAUAUGCAAUUGUUCUUUGGUAUUGUCAGGGUAGUCGAUGCACCAUAUUGAAUUCCACAGCUGCUCAAGUUCCUUAUAAAGUGGUAUAGUAUUCUGUUAACCUAUAUUGCCCACCCUUAUUUAAAUUCAAAUUUCUAGAUUAUUUAUACCUCAUAUAAGGUAUAAAUGUAGACUAUAUUAGGAAAUAAAGACAAAAAAGUUUGUAAAUAUAGCAUAGAUUCGGCCCCUCCCCCAUUUUAAAAAAAAAUAGCUGCAUUUGACUCAUUGGAUGAAGAGAGAGGUGAUGACUUUAUGUGUGUCUGGAGCUGUAUCUCUGUCAGUGCAUGGGGACACAUGAGUUGCCUUAGGUACAUCCACUUCCUCUAUGUUCAUAUUUACACCUCCCUUAUCGUCAGUGAGAAACUUGGCUCAGAGUUCCUCCCACCCACCCCUUCUCCUCUGAGAGGGGGCCCCUCCAUACAUACCUCCCCCAACCCCCACCCCAAAUACCAUCAAGUCUCUGCCAGAUUAGGUAUUUCCUCUCCCACUGAGGCCAGACUAGCUAGCCUUGGAGACUGAGCUGCAUGCAGUCUGCUGUGUAUGUCCAGCCAUGUAUGUUCCUUGGUUGGUGGCUCAGUCUCUGAGAGCUCCCAGGGGUCUGGAAACCUGGCGCACUCGUGCUUCCCCCUCCUCUCUCUGUGUGUCUGUUUGUCUGCCUGCCUGCCUGCCUGCCUGCCUGCCUGCCUGUCUGCCUGUCGUGUAUCUCAAUAUGUAUACGUGUGCACAUGCCCGUGGAGGCCAGAAGAAUGCAUUGAAUCCCUUAGAGCUGAUUGUGAUCUAUAUGAACUUUGUCCUCUGAAAGAGCAGCAGUCCUCCGAAAUGCUGAGCCAUCUCUCCAAACCCUGGUUCUUAUUUUUAGUGUGCUAGCCCUGAGUGUGGUGUCUUUUUUCCAUGCUGUCUUGUGUGGGUUUUCUUCUUUGCUCUUUUGGACUCUUGGACUCACACCCAGACAGCUGGCUAGCAUCUCGCUUGUCUGUUGGAUUACUGUUUCUCUCUGAUACAUUGAUCAAAACCCACAGUCCUUAUUGGAGCAUCAUGUACAGUGAGGAAGCUUAAAUCUGCAGUUUGGUAAAAUAAAUCAUUAAAUUAUAAAUCACAAAGUACCUUCAAUGAUAAGAAAAUCUUGAUAAAGGGGCUGGAGAAAUGGCUCCGUGGUGACCGAUAGUUGGCUUCUCUUCCAGAGGAUCCAAGGUCAUUCCCAGCAUCAGGGGUCACAGCUGCCUACAGCUACAGCUGGUUUCUGAGGGCACACACACACACACACACACACACACACACACACACACUCACGACGUACACUUAGACAUAUACACAUAAAAUAAGAAUUUUUUAAACAUUGAUAAAUUUGAGAAAUAGAUUAUUAAGUUAUAUUAGGAUAGUCUAGAUUAAUACAAAGGAAGCGUCAUAAAUAAGCUAGGAUGUUAAAGUUUUCUGUGGGGAAAAGAAUCCAUGUGAUUAGUUUUUUAAAUGCUCUUUUACAUGUCCUGUCGUUUUCAUCUUUUUACUGCAGUAGGCAUUAUUCUACAUGUGGUAGUGGCUGUUAUAGACAGAGAGUCUUAGAUGUUAACGCAAAUUUUUGCUCAAGCUAGCAAUGUGGCUUUGACCUCUCCAAGCCGUGAGUUCUUUUUCCACAAAUUGAAAAAGAACAAUAAUUCCCUUGUACCCUUAAAGGGUUCUUAAAAGGAUUAAAUGGCAAAAAGAUAAUGCAUAUAACAUGUUACUUAUGGUAUAAGGCUAUAUAUUUUCAAUGGAUAUUAAGGACUCUUGUAAUAUCACUAUGAAAGUUCAAAUAGCUUUUAAAAAAUUAAACUCAUGGUGAGACAGAAACAUGGCGACUAAGUCAUCUAUGCUGUUUUCUCUGUGUUUUCCAGACCAAUUGUGGACUGAGUAUUUUAAUAGAUACAAGGAAAGUUGCUUAACUUCCUAUUAGAAAUAUUUUGAACUUUUUAAAGACAGCUUGUCAUUUGUAACUUUGAAUAGUAUUGUCCUAGCUGCCUUAUGCUACAGUGAAUGUCUCAUUUUGAGGCUUUUCGUAGUCAGUUCCCAGUGAGAAUUAGAGAUGAAGCUUGUGUUUGUUUAAAUGUAGGAAGCUCAAGAAACUAAAUACCUGCUUUGUGAAAGUUACCUUCUGUUGAUGGCAGAGGCAGGACCAGGCCCUGACUCCUUGGAUCAGCAGGCAUUACAGACAGAAAUAACUCAGUGUCAGAAAGAAGCCCAAGAAGGUCUAGUGGCUGUAGGUAUUGGCAGGUCUGCAUAGCUGUAGCUGAAAGGCAAGCAGUCUGAGUGUUGCUGUUAUUUUAUCAAAAGGAUUGGAAAAGUCCUGUGGAAUUUUAAAUUGUGGCAACUAGUUAGAUUUUCUAGAAAUGACAGGUGAAAUCAAGGUCUUACCACCCCACCCUGCAGGGUGUACUGUUCAGUGCGUUUCAUGAGUUUAUCAUGACCCUCUCUGAAACUGUCUGCAUCUCCCCUGGUUACCAGGCAGUGAUGUUGUGCUGCUCUUCACUCCAUUCCUGGAGGAAACACUUUCAUUUAGUUCAGCCUUUGAGACCUGUCUGCCAUGUGAGGCUUAGGAAAGCCAGCAGUCUGAGGAGGCUCUGCUCAGAGUUGAGACUACACAAGCAGGCAGGGCUGUAAAGGAUGCCGCAUGGAGGUACAGAUACACAAGGUGAGAGGUUUGCUCUGCAGUGCCUAGCAGCAAGGGAACUUGUUUGUACCAGUGUGAGCAGGUCUGAAAUACUGAACUGAGGGGCUGGCAUGGAAGGCCCCAUGAGGGGUGCAGCCCCCUCUGACAAGAAUCUUCUUACUGUGACCUCUGCUCUAAAAGAUCAGUGAGCUUUGUGAAAAUGAACUCAAGCUGAUAAGAGUUGGAGCAACAGAAUGUUCGAAUCUUACCACAGACAGUUCUCUACAUGGCAGAUUCUGAAACUUUCAUCAGCCUGGAAGAGUGUCGUGGCCAUAAAAGAGCGAGGAAGAGAACUACUAUGGAGACAGCAUGUGCCCUGGAGAAGCUUUUCCCCAAGCAGUGCCAAGUCCUUGGGAUUGUGACCCCGGGAAUUGUGGUGACUCCAAUGGGAUCAGGUAGCAAUCGACCUCAGGAAAUAGAAAUUGGAGAAUCUGGUUUUGCUUUAUUAUUCCCUCAAAUUGAAGGAAUAAAAAUUCAACCCUUUCAUUUUAUUAAGGACUCCAAGAAUUUAACACUCGAAAGACACCAGCUUACUGAAGUAGGUCUUCUGGACAACCCUGAACUUCGUGUGGUCCUUGUCUUUGGCUAUAACUGCUGUAAGGUGGGAGCCAGUAAUUACCUGCAUCGGGUAGUCAGCACUUUCAGCGAUAUGAAUAUCAUCUUGGCUGGAGGCCAGGUGGACAAUUUGUCUUCACUUACUUGUGAGAAGAACCCUCUGGAUAUUGAUGCCACAGGUGUGGUUGGACUGUCAUUUAGUGGGCACCGAAUCCAGAGUGCCACAGUUCUCCUCACUGAGGAUGUAAAUGAUGCCAAGACCGUCGAGGCUGCUAUGCAGCGCCUCAAAGCAGCCAACAUCCCUGAACAGAACACCAUUGGCUUCAUGUUUGCAUGCGUUGGCCGAGGCUUUCAGUACUACAGAGCCAAGGGGAAUGUUGAAGCUGAUGCAUUUAGAAAGUUCUUUCCCAGUGUCCCCUUAUUUGGCUUCUUUGGAAAUGGGGAGAUUGGCUGCGACCGGAUAGUCACUGGGAACUUUAUACUGAGGAGAUGUAAUGAGGUAAAGGAAGAGGACCUGUUCCAUAGCUACACAACCAUCAUGGCUCUCGUUCACCUGGGAACCUCUAAAUGAGCCGCCUCGCUGAGAGCACCUUUCACACCAUGUAACUUUGGGGGUUUCUCUUUUUUAGGAAAAUGGAAACUCGGGAUCCAAAUAUUUUAAGCAAAACUAGCUAUGUGUGUUUUGUAGCUUUGGGUGACGCUCUGAGGUCACUUUGGGAUGAUUUUUUUAAUACAUAGAUGAAGGACAGCAUUAACAUUGUAAGCACACAAGUCAAGAAGUGAGGCUGUGGUUAGGCGCAAGCAAAGCUGCCGGGGCUGAACUGCCCCAGAUUCUGUAGCCACUGCAUAAGCGCCCUGCGAGGUUGAGGGCCACCAGGAAGGUGGAGGUUUAAAUAGUGCUUGAUGAACUUUUAGCAGAAUCAUGACUUAAGAAAGGAGAAAAUUGCCAGGCGUGGUGAUGCGCACCUUUAAUCCCAGCACUCGGGAGGCAGAGGCAGGCAGAUUUCUGAGUUGGAGGCCAGCCUGGUCUAUAGAGUGAGUUCCAGGACAGCCAGGGCUACAGAGAAACCCUGUCUCGAAACCCCCACACACCCCCCCUAAAAAAAAGAAGAAAGGAGAAUUAAAGAACUGGUUUGAGAAGUUUUGCAGAAGCUGUAACAAAUAUUACUGACUUUUUACUUUUCUGAUGAACAGUCUGUUUUGUUACUGUAUAAAGUCGUUCUUUUUGUGAGUUAGCUUUUUCCUCUUCAUAGUAAAGAGACUGCAAGGGAACAGCCUUUAUCACACAGUUCUGAAAAUCAUCACCAUAUUUUGUUUGUACACCAAUAAAACAUACUUCCCACUCAA